UAUCAAUGCUUCCGGGUUGGCGUUGCGGUGCCGUUUCCGACCGUGGGAGCCUGGGCUUCCCAGUCAUCUGAAGAGCCCGAACAGAGCCGUGCUUCUUCGACCCCCCCGGGCGGUCGCCUCCUUCAGGCACCCCCCUUUUCUCCAAGAACUCGCCCCGACAGCCGAGGAACUGGCAAGAUUCUGCUACCCAGAGGGUGAAUGGCACCAGAAAAGUGCCACUGUAAGCCAUGAGAUGUCUGGUCUGAAUUGGAAACCCUUUGUCUAUGGCGGCCUUGCCUCUAUUGUUGCUGAGUUUGGAACUUUUCCUGUGGACCUUACCAAAACACGACUUCAAGUACAAGGCCAAAGCAUUGAUGUUCGCUUCAAAGAGAUAAAAUAUAGAGGAAUGUUCCAUGCCUUGUUCCGAAUCUAUAAAGAAGAAGGUAUAUUGGCUCUAUAUUCAGGUAUUGCUCCGGCUUUACUAAGACAGGCAUCUUAUGGCACCAUUAAAAUUGGGAUUUACCAAAGCUUGAAACGGUUAUUUGUAGAACGUUUAGAAGAUGAAACUCUUCUAAUUAAUAUGAUCUGUGGGGUAGUGUCAGGAGUGAUAUCUUCCACUAUAGCCAACCCCACUGAUGUUCUAAAGAUUCGGAUGCAGGCUCAAGGAAGCUUGUUCCAGGGGAGCAUGAUUGGAAGCUUCAUUGAUAUAUACCAACAAGAGGGUACCAGGGGUCUGUGGAGGCACUCUAGCAACCUUGUGAGCUGUGAUGGGAACGUUGAGUGUGCAACGCUGGUAAUAUUACCGCAAGAGGACUCAUAA